AUGAGCGCUUCCACCAACUGGGAGGCGCAACAAGAUUCAAUAGGCCUCGGACCUCCCCCCCCCAGUCGUGACAGCGGGAUCGGCCGUGCUCUGAGUCCACCACAAUGGAAGCGGUGGAAGGUGCUCAGGCGGAAACUAGCGGAGCUUCUCGGCGACAACUGUGAGUACUUCGCAAGGCGAGGGUCUUCCAAACUAAGUAUUUACCAUCUCAUCAUCACCAUCUUCUUCUUCUUCUUCUUCUUCUUCUUCCUCAUCCUCUUCCUCUCUCGCUAUCACGCUGCCCCAUCCUCCCCCUCCCGCACGGGGCGCGGCGAUUGUGAUGUAUACAUGCCGUUCACCCGUUCUGCGCAGGAACUGGCGCACGCUGUCUGGCUAGAAGCACCGCGCACUGGCACGUCGCACAUCUCAAACGCUCUUGCCCGCAAACCUCAAACCCCAAACCUGAAGGGCGGCGGCUCAUCCAGCCACGUGGAUGGCCCAUGUGGCUUCCUCUGCAGCCCUUAA